AUGCUUCAAACCAUCGCGAGGCAUGGGUGGAGGUCACUUUCUAGUAAACCUGCUCAAAACUUACAUGUAGGCAAACAUGGAGCUGGCUUUAGCUUUGAACUUACUGAUGAACAGAAAGAGUUUCAAGCUACUGCUCGUAAAUUUGCCGUGGAGGAAAUUAUUCCUGUUGCUGCACAAUAUGACAAAACGGGAGAGUAUCCUUUUCCACUUAUAAAACGGGCUUGGGAACUUGGUCUUAUGAAUUCACACAUACCAGAAAGCUGUGGUGGUCUGGGCCUUGGCUCUUUUGAAGCAUGCCUUAUUACGGAAGAGUUAGCUUAUGGAUGUACAGGGGUUCAGACUGCCAUUGAAGCAAAUUCCCUAGGGCAAAUGCCAGUAAUCAUUGCAGGAAAUGAGCAUCAGCAGAAAAAAUACUUAGGAAGAAUGACAGAGGAACCAUUGAUGUGUGCUUACUGUGUAACAGAGCCUGGCGCAGGCUCUGAUGUGGCUGGUAUAAAAACAAAGGCUGAGAAGAAAGGAGAUGAAUAUGUUGUCAAUGGUCAGAAGAUGUGGAUCACAAACGGUGGGAAAGCAAACUGGUACUUUUUGCUAGCUCGUACCGAUCCAGAUCCAAAAGUUCCUGCAAGCAAAGCCUUUACUGGAUUCAUUGUGGAAGCAGAUAGCCCUGGAAUUCAAAUUGGAAGAAAGGAAAUGAAUAUGGGUCAGCGCUGCUCAGAUACAAGAGGUAUUGUCUUUGAAGAUGUGAGAGUCCCAAAAGAAAAUGUAUUAACAGCUGAGGGAGCUGGCUUUAAAAUUGCAAUGGGAGCUUUCGAUAAGACCAGACCACCCGUAGCAGCUGGUGCUGUUGGAUUAGCAAAAAGAGCACUUGAUGAAGCUACUAGAUAUGCUUUGGAGAGAAAAACCUUUGGGAAAGCAAUUGUUGAACACCAAGCAGUGUCUUUCAUGCUUGCUGAAAUGGCAAUGAAAGUGGAACUGGCCAGGAUGGCUUACCAGAGAGCUGCGUGGGAAGUUGAUGCUGGCCACAGGAAUACCUACUAUGCUUCCAUUGCAAAGGCAUUUGCUGGUGACAUUGCAAACCAAGUAGCUACAGAUGCAGUGCAGAUUUUUGGAGGAAAUGGAUUUAAUACUGAAUAUCCUGUAGAAAAAUUGAUGAGAGAUGCUAAAAUCUACCAGAUUUAUGAGGGAACUGCUCAGAUUCAAAGGCUGAUCAUAGCUCGUGAACAUGUUGGCAAAUUUAAGGCUUAA